GGCGGGCCGGGCUGAGAGCUCCGCUCGGUUCGUUCGGCUACCGCCGUUGCCGCCUCACACACUCCAGGAGCCGAAGCUCGGCGCGGACACGGAGCAACCCGGGGCUGGUGCGCCUGGAGCCCGAGCCCAGUCCGCCUCACCCGGAGCCGGAACCCGAGCCCCGCCUGGAGCCGGCUCAUGGACAGCGGAGCCGGGAGCCGGCGCUGCCUCAAGGCGGCCCUUCCGACCCCGCUGCCUGCCAGGAUGGGGCCCCCAAGGUCUAGCCUGGGCUCCUGGUGGAGGCUGUUGCUACCUCCCGUGCUGCUGGCCCUGCUGCUUGCCCCCUCCCCAGGAGCCGCCACCAGGGUGGUGUACAAGGUGCAGGAGGAGCAGCCACCUAACACCCUCAUUGGCAGCCUGGCUGCCGACUACGGCUUCCCGGAUGUGGGACACCUGUAUAAGUUGGAAGUGGGCGCCCCGUACCUUCGAGUGGAUGGCAAGACGGGGGACAUCUUCACCACAGAGACCUCCAUUGACCGGGAAGGGCUGCGUGAGUGCCAGAACCAGCUGCCGGGGGAGCCCUGCAUCCUGGAGUUUGAGGUGUCCAUCACGGAUUUGGUUCAGAAUGGCAGCCCCCGACUCCUGGAGGGCCAGAUUGAAGUGCAAGACAUCAAUGACAACACGCCCAACUUUGCCUCCCCGGUCAUCACACUGAUGAUUCCAGAAAACACCAAUGUGGGCACCCUCUUCCCCAUCCCUUUGGCUUCGGACCGCGAUGCUGGCCCCAAUGGUGUGGCCUCCUACGAGCUACAGGCCGGACCUGAGGCCCAAGAGCUCUUUGGGCUCCAAGUGGCUGAGGACCAAGAGGAGAAGCAGCCGCAGCUCAUUGUCAUGGGCCACCUGGACCGGGAACGCUGGGACUCCUACGACCUGACGAUCAAGGUCCAAGAUGGCGGCAGCCCGCCGAGGGCCAGCAGCGCCCUGCUGCGGGUCACCGUGCUGGAUACCAAUGACAACGCACCCAAGUUUGAGCAGCCUUCCUAUGAGGCAGAACUGUCGGAGAACAGUCCUGUGGGCCACUCUGUCAUCCAGGUGAAGGCCAACGACUCUGACCAGGGUGUGAAUGCGGAAAUAGACUACACGUUCCACCAGGCUCCCGAGGUGGUGCGCCGGCUGCUGCGGCUGGACCGGGCCACGGGGCUGAUCACGGUCCAGGGCCCCAUAGACCGUGAGGACGUGAGCGUCCUUCGCUUCUUUGUGCUGGCCAAGGACCGGGGGAUUAACCCCAAGAGUGCCCGCGCGCAGGUGGUGGUGACGGUGAAGGACAUGAAUGACAACGCGCCCUCCAUCGAGAUCCGUGGCAUCGGGCUGGUGACGCACCAGGACGGCAUGGCCAACAUCUCGGAGGACGUGGCAGAGGAGACGGCCGUGGCCCUGGUGCAGGUGUCCGACCGGGACGAGGGCGAGAACGCUGUGGUCAUGUGUGUGGUGGCGGGAGACGUGCCCUUCCAGCUGCGCCAGGCCAGCGAGACCGGCAGCGACAGCAAGAAGAAGUACUUCCUCCAGACCACCACGCCGCUCGACUACGAGAAGGUCAAGGACUAUACCAUCCAGAUCGUGGCUGUGGACUCGGGCAACCCGCCGCUCUCCAGCACCAACUCCCUCAAGGUGCAGGUGAUGGACGUGAACGACAACGCGCCCGUCUUCACCCAGAGCCUCACAGAGGUCGCCUUCCCCGAGAACAACGAGCCCGGCGCCCUUGUCACCGAGGUCAGCGCCAGCGACGCUGACUCCGGCCCCAAUGCCCAACUGGUCUACUCCCUGGAGCCUGAGCCGGCCACCAAGGGGCUCUUCAGCAUCUCCCCGGAGACCGGCGAGAUCUGGGUGAAGGCGUCGCUGGACCGUGAGCAGAGGGACAGCUACGAGCUGAAGGUGGUGGCGGCCGACCAGGGCAACCCCAGCCUGCAGGGCACGGCCACGGUGCUCGUCAACGUGCUGGACUGCAACGACAAUGACCCCAAGUUCAUGCUGAGCGGCUACAACUUCUCGGUGAUGGAGAACAUGCCGGCCCUGAGCCCUGUAGGUAUGGUGACCGUCAUCGACGCCGACAAGGGGGAGAACGCGCGCGUGCAGCUCACGGUGGAGCAGGACAACGGCGACUUUGUCAUCCAGAACGGUACCGGCACCAUCCUCUCCAGCCUGAGCUUCGACAGGGAGCAGCAGAGCACCUACACCUUCCAGCUCAAGGCUGUGGACGGGGGUGUGCCGCCGCGCUCGGCCUACGUCGGAGUCACCAUCAACGUGCUGGACGAGAACGACAACGCGCCCUUCGUCACCGCGCCUUCCAACACCUCCCACAGGCUGCUGACGCCCCAGACCCGGCCCGGGGAGACGGUGAGCCAGGUCACGGCUGAGGACAUCGACUCGGGCGUCAACGCCGAGCUGGCCUACGUCAUCGCCGGCGGCAACCCCUAUGGGCUCUUCCAGAUCGGGCCGCAGUCCGGCGCCAUCACGCUGGAGAAGGAGAUCGAGCGGCGGCACCACGGGCUGCACCGGCUGGUGGUGAGGGUCAGUGACCGCGGCAAGCCCUCGCGCCACGGCACGGCACUGGUGCAUCUCUACGUCAAUGAGACCCUGGCCAACCGCACCUUUCUGGAGAACCUGGUGGGCCACAGCCUGGACACGCCCCUGGACAUCGACAUCGCCGGCGACCCCGAGUACGAGCGCUCCAAGCAGCGUGGCAACAUCCUCUUUGGGGUGGUGGCGGGUGUGGUGGCCGUGGCUCUGCUCAUCGCGCUGGCCGUGCUGGUGCGCUAUUGUCGCCAGCGGGAGGCCAAGAGCGGCUACCAGGCCGGCAAGAAGGAGACCAAGGACCUGUAUGCGCCCAAGCCCGGCAGCAAGGGCCCCAAGGGCCCCAAGGGCAAGGGCAGGAAGAGCAAGUCCCCCAAGCCCGCCAAGCCUGUGGAGGAUGAGGAUGACACCGGCCUGCAGAAAUCCCUCAAGUUCAACCUGAUGAGCGAUGCCCCCGGCGACAGCCCCCGCAUCCACCUGCCCCUCAACUACCCCCCGGGCAGCCCGGACCUGGGGCGGCACUACCGCUCCAACUCGCCGCUGCCUUCCAUCCAGCUGCAGCCGCAGUCCCCCUCGGCCUCCAAGAAGCACCAGGUGGUGCAGGACCUGCCCCCCGCCAACACCUUUGUGGGCACUGGGGACACCACGUCCACGGGCUCGGAGCAGUACUCGGACUACAGCUACCGCACCAAUCCCCCCAAAUACCCCAGCAAGCAGUUACCUCACCGCCGUGUCACCUUUUCGGCGACUAGCCAGGCCCAGGAGCUGCAGGAUCCAUCCCAGCAUAGUUACUAUGACAGUGGGCUGGAGGAGUCAGAGACACCCUCCAGCAAGUCAUCCUCUGGCCCCCGGCUUGGGCCCCUGGCACUGCCCGAGGACCACUAUGAACGAACCACCCCUGAUGGCAGCAUAGGAGAGAUGGAGCAUCCUGAGAACGACCUUCGGCCCUUGCCCGACGUAGCCAUGACGGGCACAUGCACACGGGAGUGCAGCGAGUUUGGCCACUCGGACACAUGCUGGAUGCCUGGCCAGUCCUCCCCAAGCCGACGGUCCAAGAGCAGCGCCCUCAAACUCUCCACCUUCGUGCCUUACCAGGACCGAGGCGGGCAGGAGCCCGCAGGCGCCGGCAGCCCUAGCCCCCCGGAAGAACGCAACACCAAAAUGGCCCCCGUCCGCCUGCUGCCCUCGUACAGUGCCUUCUCCAACAGUAGCCAUGAUUCCUGCAAGGACUCUACCUUGGAGGAGAUCCCUCUCACCCAGACCUCGGACUUCCCGCCGGCGGCCACACCCUCUGCCCAGACGGCCAAGCGCGAAAUCUACCUGUGAGCCCCAAGUGAGCCCCAACCCACCUCCAGCCCCAGCCGGCUGGCCCACCCCACACCUGCCAAGGGAGGACCCAGGUAUCCCU